CGGGCACGUGGCCGACAGGCGGAAGAAGUUUGAAGCGGAUUUAUGGAUUAGAUUACAACACCGGCGACAUUAGAAACACAACACCGACUGACUCUUAAACCUUUUUUGUUGUUGUUUAACUCAAAACCCUCGACGACGUUGUGUCAUAAAGUGCUAAAACGCGGGAAAGGGCGCCAUUACGGAGACGCUGCUCUACGGUUUCCUUGACAACGCAGCGCCUCGUCAUGAGCGAGUCGAGCGGGGAAGACGGGAAGUGGCUGGACGCCCACUACGACCCGGUGGCGGGCCUGCGCACCUUCACUUCCUGCGUAGCCCUGGCCGACCUGAGCGGGGACGGGGACGGCCGCCUGGUGGUGGCCGACCUGGGCGGCGGCGGCGGCGGCUCGGCGGCCAUGAAACUGAAGGUGUACCGCGGGACGGCGCUGACCAGCGAGAGCGUCCUGCUGGACCUUCCGUGCGGCCUGGUCUCCUUCUUCAUGGACCUGCAUGAGCCGCGCGUUCCCGCCGUGGCCGUGGCGUCCGGACCUUGCGUUUACGUCUACAAGAACCUCAGGCCCUACUUCAAGUUCACGCUGCCCGGGCUCGACGUCAACACGCUUGAGCAGGAUGUGUGGCAGCAGGCCAGGGAGGGGCACAUUGACCCCCCCGCCCUCAAGGAGAUGCUGGAGAGCGUCAGGAAGAAGGCUGACGUGCCAUUAUCCGGGCGCUCUCUCCACUUCCUGUCUCUGGAUGCCGAGCACCUGGAAGACUUUGUCCAGCUGCACAAACCGCAACCAAUCAAACGACAGACCGUCAUCACGUGCAUGGCGACCCUGAAGAAAAGCACGGCGGACGAGGACGGCGUCAGCUGCCUGGUGAUCGGCACGGAGAGCGGACAUCUUUACGUGCUCGACCCCGAGGCCUUCGUCGUCCUCGCAAAGAUGGCGCUGCCGGCCGCGCCCACCACGAUGGACGUGACGGGUCAGUUCGACGUGGAGUUCCGGAUCACGGCGGCGUGUCGGAACGGGAACAUCUACAUCCUGCGCAGGGACUCGGACAAAGCCAAGUACUGCGUGGAGCUGUCGUCGCAUCCCGUCGGCCUGCUGAGAGUGGGCAAGAACGUGGUGGUGGGAACGGUGGACCGGAACCUGCAGGGAUUCACGCAGAAGGGUAAGAAGCUGUGGAAGGUGGUCCUCCCGGCCCCCAUCUGUACCAUGGCCACCAUGGACCUCCCUGCUCGAGGCUUCCAGGCGGUUCUGGUGGGUCUGGCCAACUGCGAGGUCCAGCUGUACCGGGACAAGAACCUGGUGAGCGCCAUCAAGACUCCGAACGCGGUGAGCGCCAUCUGCUUCGGGCGCUACGGGCGCGAGGACGGGACCCUGGUCAUGACCAUGAAGGGCGGCGGCCUGAUGGUGAAAAUCCUCAAGAGGACGGCAGAGUUCCGAGAGCGGGACACCACUCCAGGACCCCCAGCCGCCCAGAGCGUCCGCCUCAACGUGCCCAAGAAGACCAAACUGUACGUGGACCAGACCCUGAGGGAGCGCGAGAACGGCCCCGCCAUGCACCGGGCCUUCCAGAUGGACCUGGUCCGCCUGCGACUGGCGGCGGCCCAGGCCUACGCCAAGGCCCUGGAGUGCAGUCUGACCCCCGUUUCGUCCGGUCCCGGGCGGUCGCUCAAGAUGAACGCCGUGGUCCAGGGUCUGGGCCCAUCCUUCAAACUCACGCUCAACGUGCAAAACACGGCGGCGUGCCGACCGGUCCUCAAGCUGGCCGUCAGCUUCGCGUACGACGACGCCUUGUACAGGGUGAGAAACCCGUUCAUGAAGAUCCCCAUGCUGGUGCCCGGACUGGUCUACCCGGUCCAGACCCUGGUGGAGUGCACCAGCGACAAAGGCAUCUCUGACAUCAUUAAAGUUUUCGUGCUGCACGAGGAGCAGAGCACGCCGCUGCUCACCGCGCACAUCAACAUGCCCGUCAGCGAGGGAAGCAACUGAGACGCUUCACUUAGUUCGCCUUAGCUUAGCCUAGCUCCGUUUAGCUUUCAAGGAUGGACGGCGGCAGGAAGUGUUUGUGCAGCGAGGAAGGCGACACCAUGACCUUGAGCAGAAAAGUAGGCGCAUCCAAGAUUGGCAUUGUUGACAAUUAGCAUUCCGGGACUCCCAACAAGAUUGAUUUAGAUCAUCGGUUCUCAACUGUUGUCACCCUGGGACCCGCGUUAUCUAUUGUCGCCAAGUCGCCGCCCACUUUUACAGGAGUUAAGAACAAUAAAGAACGUUUAGAGUUAAAAAAUAGCAGUAUAUCAAAUUUUUAAACAGAACUACAUGUUCAAAGGGCCUUGAUAAGAAACUGAAGAUGAACAAGAUGACAGCAUGUACAAAAAUGCAUAUCUUGGCACCGAUCUUUUCGGGAAAGUGCACAAUGAAUACGUUUUUCUUUUGUGGGAAAUAAUGCAGACCAAAGCAACUGCCGCGUUUGCCACAGUCUGGGAUUAUUACGUUAUAAAAACACCAAACCUUUUUUAUGCUGCCGCUCAAAGUUGCAUGUACACUUCGUAAUCAUUUUCUGAGUAAUGCUAUUUUUGAAAGAAAAGGCUAGUUUGGGAUGCGCAUGAAAUAUUUCACUCCUCGUACGGCGUGAUCUAAGGGCGCGAUCCACUUUUGGGGCCCCGACCCACCGGUUGAGAAUCACUGAUUUAGAUCAUGGUCGUCUUUACGAAGGGUUAGGGUUAAGGGUUGCGGUUAGACGGGUUAGGGUUAAAGCGCUUACGCUAUUCAUGCAUCCAACCGUUGGUCAUGUAGUCCCGUGUUUCCCAACCUCCAUUGAGCCAACGCACCUAUUUUACUGGAGGGGGGACGAAGAAUGAUGAUAACUGUACUUGGUGUGAAAUGUUAGCCUGCUGAAUGGAACACUUUGCUCGAGUUCUUUGGGAUGAACGACAACAGCUGAAUACGCGGAUUCAUUGGAUAUUCUGCCAUUUAGUGGAAGAGCAUUUCAUUGUUCCGCCUGUCACUAUACGUCGCUGGCAAAGAUACGUGAAUUGUAGUCAAUAAAUAAUGAUCAUUUUCGGACCAA